CGCUCACUCGCUCGGGCAGCGCUGCCGCCAGGCCCCGAGGUCACUUGCAUUCCAACCCGAGCAACCAUGAGCGCGCUUGACUUGACUUCCAUCCUGGAUUUCCUGGAGACGGCCAACCUGACGGAGAUCAACUGGACGUGCAGCAGCGGCGAGUGCAUCACGGUGGACGCCACGACAUGCCCUGGCACGCUCAACAAGAGCGCCCUGCUCUACACCCUGUCCUUCUUCUACAUCUUCAUCUUCGUCAUAGGCCUGGUGGCCAACUCGGUGGUGGUGUGGGUCAACCUGCAGGCCAAAAUGACGGGCUAUGAGACCCACCUGUACAUCUUCAACCUGGCCAUCGCCGACCUGUGCGUCGUCAUCACCCUGCCCGUGUGGGUCGUCUCGCUGGUCCAGCACAACCAGUGGCACAUGGGGGAGAUCACGUGCAAGAUAACCCACCUGAUAUUUUCCAUCAACUUGUACAGCAGCAUCUUCUUCCUGGCGUGCAUGAGCGUGGACCGCUACCUCUCGGUCGCCUACUUCACCAACUCCAGCAGCCGCAAGAAGAAGAUCAUCCGCCGCUGCAUCUGCGUCCUGGUGUGGCUCCUGGCCUUCUGCGCCUCCCUCCCGGACACCUAUUACCUCAAGACUGUCUCUUCCAACAGCGAGACCUACUGCAGGCCCGUUUACCCCGAGGAGAGCUUCAAGGAGUGGCUGAUUGGCAUGGAGCUCAUCUCCGUGGUGCUGGGCUUCCUCAUCCCCUUUCCCGUCAUCGCCGUGUUUUAUUUCCUCCUGGCCAAGAGCAUCUCCGCCUCCGGCGACCAGGAGCGCAAGAGCAACGGGAAGAUCAUCUUCUCCUACGUGGUGGUGUUCCUGGUGUGCUGGCUGCCCUACCACGUGGCCGUCCUGCUGGACAUCUUCUACAGCCUUCACUUCAUCCCCAUCAGCUGCCAGAUGGAGAACUUCCUCUACGCCACCCUGCACAUCACUCAGUGCUUCUCGCUGGUGCACUGCUGCGUCAACCCCAUCCUGUACAGCUUCAUCAACCGCAACUACCGAUACGAGCUGAUGAAAGCCUUCAUCUUCAAGUACUCUGCCAAAACUGGCCUCACCAAACUCAUCGACGCCUCCAGAGUGUCAGAAGCAGAAUACUCAGCUCUGGAGCAAAAUGCCAAAUGACUGCAAGCCCGGGAAGGAACUUCCUUGACUCUCUGACCUGAUGUGGGUUUUUUUUUUUUUUGUGUGUGUUACGGUUUGUUGUUUUUUUUUUUGUUUUUUUUUU